UGUCGAAUAGCGUAACUCUGUAAUGCAGCUGGCCUGGCAGUGACGCCGCACAAGUAUGGCACCAGCGCUCACGGCCGAGCCACUGAGUCCCAAGGAGAAGCUAACAAACAACGCAUCCCCUGCCACCGGCACGCGCCAGUCUGUACGAAAAUUGGACUCGCCCAGUGAAACGGCCAAGAAGCCAAACUCUUUGACGGCCACGACGCGUGUGACACGCUCGAAGGACGCGGCACAGCGUAUGGGCUCGCCGAUUGUGCAGGUCAACAACAACAAUAACAACAAGCGCAAAUCCAACAAUCGUACCAACAACAAUAACAACAACAGCGAAGCCAAAACCGUGGAGCAUCAAAUGGGCCUGAGUGCUGCAACCACACAUACAAGCAGCGACGGCAGUGAAGGCGUCUCCUCGAGCUCCAGCUCCAGCAACAGCGGUAGCAUUAACAUCAACGACGUAGGUGUAGCAGCAGCAGUAACAGUGACACCAGCAGCGACAGCCGAUAACGCGUCCACCGAGCACAAUAAUAACUGCAAGGACAACUCAACGGCAGAGCUUCUGGCAAAUCUAACAAGCGAAUUUGAGGAGGCCAUCACAGCUGAGAUUUGCCUGCGGAAAACACUGCCCGAGGUGAGCCACAGCAAGGAGCAGCCAGCCGAAACUGAAGCAGCUGCCGCAGCAGCUGUGGCUGCAGCCGCUGCUAUAGCACAUUCCGUGCAGUUGCUGGAGCCCGCGUUAAUGGCAGAAACCGAAGCCCAGUCCCAGUCCACWAGUGCGGCGGCAGCAGCAGCAGCGGUGGCGGCAACACCAACACCAACAACGACAGCAACAGCAACACUCACAGACGCUCUGCAGCGAUUGGCGUGGCCGGAAAUACCGCUGCCACCCAAUGCGGAGAGUGCGGCGGAUUUGGCUGCUGCUGCUGCGAAAAUUCCAGAUUCUAUUGAAGAAUGUCUUAGUCAACUCGAUGGCAGCCCCAGCGUUGUAUUGCCGCCCAACGUGGCUAAAGGCGAAGCGGCGAUGGAAGCCAGCGUUGUGGCGCCGACGAUGUCGACAAGGCAACAACAGCAACCACAACAACAGCAACCACAAGAACAGCAGCAACAAGCAACAGCAGCAACAGCACCACAGUUGCAACAGCAGCAACAGUUGCAACAGCACCAACAGUUGCAACAGCAGCAACAGUUGCAAUUACAACAGCAACAACAACCGGAGAUACUCGCCUCACCUCAGCAUUCAACAACUGCGCGUCAGUCCGGCGCAGUGCUGACGCCGCAGAGCACGACGAGCUCGAUAAACUUUCUUAAGGAUGGCGGUGCUGGCGCCGUGCUCGAGGAUCAGGAUAUUGAGGAGGUUUUAAAGGCGCUCAAAACAUUUGACAGUGCGCACGUCAAUCCGGAUACAAUCUAUAAUUUUCUUGACGAAAUGUAUUUCCCAUGCAACGAGGACGAAGCAGCUGCCGCUGCCGGAACAGUUACAACAACAGCAGCAGCAGCUGGCCCAAUUGCAUCAACAGCAGCAGCAGCAGGAACGCCAGCAUCGACUAUUGCCGGCAUCCAAGAUAUGCUGGAGUCAAAGCCCAGUUGUAGUACAGGAAUCGUGGCGCGUCCCUUGCAGGAAUGCCAUACAGAGCUUGAACAGCAACAGUAUUUGCUGAUGCGCAAGAUUGACUUCCUGCUGCGGCGCAUGCGCAAGUUCCAAUCGCGCCAUAUGUGCCGUCAUGCCAGCGACGAAGUGAGCGGCAUUCUGGAAUGGGCGGCGCGCACCUCGCAUAAAGCAGCAUCCGGUGCGCCGGUGCGCAGCGCCAAGCUGAGCGAACGAGAGGAGACCGUCUUGUCGAUUGUAUCUGGGCGACCGAAUAGCAGCUUCUGGGAGGAACAGACCAAACACCCACUGCCUGCCAGUCAGAUGUGCAAUGUGCUGCGGCACAUUGAGACCGCGGCGCGUAAACAACAAAUUUGCCAUACAACUGGCGGUGGCUCUGCAUCGCUGGCGUCCUCCUCAACGUGGUAUAGCGGCGCGGCACAGCCGGGCAAACGGGCACGCAAAACACAACAAGUGGACACUGUCAAUGUCAACAGCAGUACUGUACCAUCUGGAGUUGAUGGCGUCUUGGCUCCACGCCCCGACGAGAUUGUGCCGAACUUUGAUAGCUAUGUGACCAGCGAAUUGACCCAUGUGGCGGGCUUGUUGCACACUGAAAUGCGUGAGGUGCAGAAUGCCAUCGACUCGGACGCCACUGAAUCGAGUUCUGGCGGCGACUCUGCCGACGAGAUGGUCACCUACAAUAAUUCCCAGCAGUUGUCAUUGCCAAUCGCGCAACGUGCCGUAUGGCGCUAUUCGCGAGAGCGUGCUAUCAUAGCCCUGCGCUGGUCCUGGCUGAGCGCUCAGAUUGCCGAUCUGGAGAUCAAAAUCCGGCAACACAACGACGUCUACAACGAUUUGUGUCGCACUAAGGGCGAUGUACUCUUGGAAGCGACGAAGACGCCAAAGAACGGCUACACGGAGCAACCGCGGCAGCCUGCGUUACAGCUAGAUCCCGAACAGGCCUCCGACGAUUGGCUAUGCAGUCGGGCGCGUCCUUUGGUACUGUCAGAGUUUCGCAAACGUAAACUCUUCCAGACCACAAACAUGCACACAAUAUCUAAGAAGGCAGCACGUCCCAGUAACAUCAAAUGCGGCUGCCAAUGGCCGCAGGUGCCGUGCACUUUGUGCACCGGCCGACCGGAUCCGACGGCGCCAAGAGAUCUACCCGAAACAUUGAUGCCCCAAAACCGUGUAGCGCUGCUCGACCCCGGAUAUCAUCCGGUGCUGAGCUUCUCCAAUGAUGUUUGCCAGUCGGUGCAUUUGGAAGCAAUUAGCCGUCAGCCUGAUUGGCAAUAUCGUGUAAUGCGCAGCCAGGCCAAGGCGAUUGUCAAGAGCGUCUGGAAGGCUGAGCGCGAGGCGAUUGCCUCCGCCGGCGGUAGCACUGGCGGUAGUGCCGGACGGAGACCCGGGGAGACGACCAAGCGCCGCUAUGUGCGCCGUAAGGAGCGCAACAAUAAUAAUCAAAACAAAGUAAACAACGGCAGCAACAACAACAAUAACAAUAACAACAACAAUAAAGAAUCAACUACCCAAAAUAAUAAUAUCAACAAAAACAACGGCGUGAGCAGUGGACCUGGGCACGUAGGAUUGGAUAGUGGAAACGGUACUGGUACUGCUACUACUUCUUCUUCUUCUACGCCUACCACAACGCCGCUUGUGGUCAACAUGGGCAAAAAGGAGCGUCAAUCAGCCACGAAUCAAGUCGGAGCGCUGCCCGACUCCCAACAACAACAACUAAAUAGCUUCGCACUGAUCUCCGGCAACAGCGGUAAAAAGCCACGCAAAUCAGGCUCCAAAUCUCAUCAAACGCAUUCAACACACAUUAACAACAACAGCAGAAGCAGAUGCAGCAGCAGCAGUCAACAGGCCAGCGUUGGGGAUAACAGCAACAGUCGCCUUACCGGAGAUUCGCAGUGGGAGCAACACAGUCGCCGCAAUUCUUCCGAAACACACGGGCACCGUAGUGAACGCACUGCAGAGAGACGCAAUCGUCUUAUCUACGACAUUGACAACAUCGUUAUACCCUACAGCAUGGCCGCACAGACGCGUGUCGAAAUACUGCCUUACAAGGAGAUACCAACACCAAAGUGGCGUAUUGUGGAUAGCGAUACUGAGCAACAAUCUUCGAAUAAAUCUGGUAAUGACGAAAAGUUGACCAAUGGCUGUGUGAAUGCAAAGGAGGAGAAAGAACUGGUGACUGACGAAAAGAAAGCACCAAUAGCAGUAGCAACAACAACAACGGAAAYAGCAACAAUAGAAACUGCAACAAUAAUAGAAACAGCAACAGCAGCAUCAACAGAAACAGAAACAGCAACAGUAGCACCAACAACAGCAACCACACCAACAACACCCGCACCAACAACACCCGCACAAGCAACAGUAACAGCAACUGAAACAACAGCAACAACAUCGCCCGCAGCAACAGUAACCCCAAUGCCCAAGUUGAACAACAACACUGAAAAAAAAACAUCAAGCAAAUCCCCAAAUAAACUAAAUGGCGUGAAGCAAUCGAUCAAGAAGAAGAAACGAUUGGCAGAGACUGGGAAGUUGUCAAAGGAACAGACAAAGCUGGCACUAAGUAAUGGACUAUUAAAUGGAAAACCAGAAGAGUCGGCGAUUGAAACCAAGGAGCAGCCGCUGAAGGAGAAAUCCGAGCUGUUGAAAAUUGAGAGCAAGGAACUAAAGAGGAAGCAAGCGCCUCUCAAUGGUAAAACCAAAAAGCACAAUAAUAAAAUCCCUGUAAAUAAUAAUGUAAAUAAAGCAAGCUCAGCUGCUGCCACGCCUACGCCUGCUGCUCCUGCUACUGCUGCUGCCGCUGUUACUAGCAAGGAUGCCACGGCGCCAAAUGUAGCAGAUAAACCCACUGCUAAAUCUGUCGAACCACCUAAUAAGCGACCCAAACUGCAGACGGCGCAAAUCUCAGAAGACAAGACCGAAAAGAAAACGGAAGAGCCAAUAACUGAAGCAAAGGACGCAGCUGCUCCCGCUGCUGAUGUGGAGAAUGAUGAUGAUGAGGUGGAAGACCUCUCUGAUGAGGCGUACAUAGCACGGCAUCAGAUUGCUCUCAUCGAGGAACGUCGACGUUUCGAGACAUUCUUAAAGUUCCCCUGGAGUACUCGGUCGCGUGCUAAUCGACGUGUGGACAGUCGGGCUGAAUCGAGCGGCGCCAAUACACCGGAUCCAGCGUCGCCGGCUGCUUCACAGCUGACCGGACCUACCGCUGACAAUGAGAGCAUACCCUCGCCGCUGGCACAGAACAUGAUGCAGCACCCUCUCGAUGGCAUCGCAGCUGAGGGCGAAACCACAAAGCGACGUCGCACCACAUCCAGCAAGCUAAAGGAUCACGAGCGUCGUAGUGCCACGCCAGAUACCCGAGACGAUCCGCCACCAUUUGAGCCGUUAAAUUUUCCUCUCUCCGAGGAGGCCUAUCAACGACUGCUCGCCGACACAGGCCCCGAGCCCAAAGAGCCAGCGACACCGGCAACCACCAGCGUCGCAGCCACCGCUUCGGGCAAGCGGAUCAAAAGCAAAUCGGUCUCUUCUAAUGGAGAUGGCACUACGACCGGCUCCAGCAGUCGACGCAGCAGCAAAGCAAAGGCCACCAAUUCCGGCAAAUUGACGCGGCUUAAUGGUGGCAAAAUUGCUGCAAAACAAGCUGCGGCAAAAUCAGUUCACAGCAAUGGCGGCCAGGAGGAUGGCUAUGACGAUGGCAUUGACUAUCUGCCAGAAGCGGAUGAGGAUGAGGAGGAGGAGAUGCUGCUGCUAGAGGAGGAUGAUGAUUAUCAUCAUUAUCUGGCGCCACCAGAGGAUGAUCAAGUGCCAGGCACAAUCACGAACGAUGCAAAUGCCUAUAACGCGAGCAUCGAUGCUUAUUUAGGCGAGGGUGAGGGACUCGACGAUGAGGACCUGGUCGAUGAUCCAUUCAUGGACGAUGAUCCCAAUGAUCCCGAAUGGAAGCGCAACAUCGGUGUUCGCCAUGAGCGCAUGCGCAAGCGUGUGUAAGCAGCGUGUAGUGAGUAAUGAGUAGCA